AGGAAAAGGUUGAUAUUGUGUUCCUUCUGGAUUCAUCGGGAUCAGUUGGAGGAGACAAUUUUAAUAAGAUGAAGCAGUUUCUUGUGGAAUCGAUCUCUGGUUUUACUAUAGGGCCGAAUUCAAUUCAAAUAGGUCUUGUAACGUUUUCCGAAGCAACAACGCAAUUCAAUUUAAAUCAGUUUUCAAGUGUGUCCGCAGUACAGAAUGGAAUCAAAACUGUUCCUUACCACGGAGGAGGCACCUAUACGAGUGUGGCUUUGCGAUACGUUGGAAGUCAUAGUUUUAAUAAAUCAGCCGGUGACAGAGAAAAUACUCCGGACCUAUUAGUCGUGAUAACUGAUGGACAUUCAAAUAACCCUGUACGAACAAAAGGAGAAGCUGACAUUUUAAAAAAAAGAGGUAUAAAUAUCAUGGCAAUAGGAAUCGGCAGUGGUGUUAAAAUGACUGAGCUACUUAAUAUAGCAUCAAAUUCGUCGCUUGUGAUUGAGGUCAACAAUUUUGAUGCUUUGUCGUCUACAUUAGCCAAUACAAUUCAUUCAAUGUAUUGCCAAGCUGGUGAAACUAUAACUUCUACAACUACGACAACGACAACAACCACGACAAUUCCACCGACUACAACAACUUCUUCAACUUCCACUGCUACAACAUCAACCACUACUCCAAGCCAAACAACUAUCAUUGCGACAUCUUCUACCACUUCCACUAAAACCACUCCUACCACUCAAACAACUUCUUCUCCUAUCCCUAGCACUCAAAUAACUCCUACUCCUAUCCCUACCACUCAAACAACUCCUACUCCUAUCCCUACCACUCAAACAACUCCUACUCCUAUCCCUACCACUCAAACAACUUCUUCUCCUAUCCCUAGCACUCAAAUAACUCCUACUCCUAUCCCUACCACUCAAACAACUCCUACUCCUAUCCCUACCACUCAAACAACUUCUUCUCCUAUCCCUAGCACUCAAAUAACUCCUACUCCUAUCCCUACCACUCAAACAACUCCUACUCCUAUCCCUACCACUCAAACAACUUCUUCUCCUAUCCCUUCAACUCAAACAACUCCUAUUUCUAUCCCUACCACUCAAACAACUCCUACUCUUAUCCCUAGCACUCAAACAACUUCUCCUUUCCCUAGCACUCAAACAACUCCUACCACUACCGCUUCAACAACACAUACGGCUACCACUGUAACAACUCCUACAACUCGUACAAGCUCAUCUUCAACAACUUCUAUCACAACAAAAGCUACAACUUCUAAAACUACAACUUUAACAACUACAACUGCCAUUUCAAACCCUAUUACUUCUACAACUCCUACAACGACGACGAUGCAUGCUUCAACGACAUCAUUUGCUACAGAUAAUCCCCAAGAUUUACCUGUGGUCAAAAUCCCACACCAAAAACAUACAACUAGCUAUGGACAGCCAGUUGAAAUAGUAUGCAAUGUGACAUCGCCCAGAUAUCCCAUUCUAGAAGUAUUUUGGGAGGAAUUUGAUAACGGAAUAACCACAAGAAUUGAUCGUAAAACUUCGGGCAUAGAAGGUGUUACUAUAUCAAAUCCAUCGUUGACGAUUAAAAAGCCCAUGGUAAACAGCACGUACACCUGUAAAGCAAGAAAUGCAGUGGGAACUCGGAGCAGUACCGAAUUUUAUCUGAUUGUAAAGGGAGGUAAUAUCUGGUUUAACAUUUAG